AUGCAGAUCUUCCAUCUUCUUACCCUCCUCGGAGCUCUAUCAACCGUGCAUGGGCGACACCACAACCGACAUGUCCACCGCCGCGGGAUUCCAUUUCUCAAAGACGGGACAGAGCCGCUGGGAGUCAAUGUUCUCGUAGACGGGCCACCAAAUAACGCUGUAGUUUCCGUAGGCCUUCCGCCCGAUAAUGCUGUUGUCAGUAUUGUUCCUGGAGUUGUGAACGGGGCCACAAGCGUACUGGCGAACCCCACGGCCGUGGUGACAAUAAUCUACGGUACCGGGAUUAGUAGUGCAGUCGGCGGCGUGGUUUCAACGGCACUGGGCAGUGUCGAGACGGUGGUUGGGUCGGUGGUGUCGUCGUUGUUGCCUACUCUUACUAUUCCUAUUACCAUCCCUACUAUUUUGCCUACUAUUAUCGCUAGUAGUGCUAAUAGUAGCGGAACAACACCGGCGCCGAUCACUACUAGUUCCACCCCGGCAAGCGUGACGACUGCGCCAGUGCCGAGCUCUAGCUCUACUUCGACCACACGGACAUUCAACUUCGUAUCGCCCUACGUGCCCUACUCGAGCUCCACCACCGCAGAAUCCUCGUCAUUCACAACAAUCUCGUAUUCGCUCAGCUCUAGCACCAUUUCACCGUCACCCUCACCCUCACCGUCACCGUCAUCCUCAUCUUCCUCCUCCGCCUCACAAUCCACCAGCUCCAACAGCUCCACCUCCACCUCCUCCACCUCCUCUUCAUCCUCCUCCUCUUCAUCCUCCAGCUCAACAGCAACAGUAACAUUCACACCCUCACACACCUUCGUCUACAUGCAGCCCACCGAAACCGCCGGCGCCCACCUCGGCAUGGACACCCCCUGCUACAACUCCAGCUGCGCAAACCCGACAGCGGCAUGA